UUAGCUUCAAUAGCAAUAACAGCACUAAGCGCUGGUCGAACACGCACACGCCUCCACGAGUUGCGGAAACCUAACACGAGCUAUUCCUCUCUUGAAAAGUCUCUGAUGGCUUUGAAUUUCCUGGCUGAGAUCCUGCCUCUGGUUGUCUUGCUUCUUUCAGUUGCUUAUAUCAGCGUCCUUUUCUACCGAUGGACGAAGCUACGAAAUUAUCCUCCAGGACCUUGGGGCCUUCCAAUACUUGGAAAUCUAGCUCAGCUUGGCUCCUCGCCGCAUAUCACAUUGACUGAGCUCAGCAAGGUCUACGGAGAUGUGUUUUCCUUAAAGUUUGGCUCCAGAAAAGCAGUGGUGUUGAACAGCGAGGAGGUGGUCAGAGAAGCACUGUUGAAAAAUUCUCGCCAGUUGUCCAAUCGACCACCGUUGUUCGCCGCUAAGAAUGUCAGAAAAACGAGUAUCUCUUUUGGAGAACAUUGCUCAGCUCAAGUCCUCAGGAAGAGAUGUGCCCUAAGAGCAAUUCACCAAGUUGCAUUCGACAAACAAGAAUAUUUCAAUAAAAUUGUGCAAGAUGCGUUUUUGGAAUUCCAAGAAAGUCUGGCCGAGAAAGAAGUGAAAACAUUCCAGCCUUCUGUUGACCUUAAACAGGUUGUUAUCAAAAUCAUGUUCCACUUUACGUUUGGAGAAGACCCUUGCAAUGUCGACCAGCUCAUAGAAGAAAUGCAAAAGCUUGUUGAAGAAUCCAGCGAGUUUACCGAAAGCAGCGCAGCUUGCGGCCUGGUGGACUUCCUUCCUUGGAUUAAACCAUUUAUUCGCAAACAGGUGGCCAUGGUGGAACGCUCAAUCGAGGGGUUGAUGUCAUUCGUUGAUAAAGUGUACACUAACACUACGUCUAGAGAAAAGGCUACUGAUAAAAAUUGCAUUGCAUUGAGCUUAGCAAAGCUUUGGGAGGAAGCUAAAAGUAAAUAUUACGAAGAGAUAAAGAUGGAUUUAGAUUUGGAAGAGCCGACGGAUCUUCCUAAUUCUUCACCAAAAGAGAACCAACCCAACAACGGGAAGGAAGAAAUUGUCAAAAUGCUAUCAGCCGAUAUUUUUGGUGCAGGACUGGAGACAGUCUCGAAUUCCUUGUGCUGGGCGAUGGCUUAUAUCGUAAACAACCCUGAGAUACAGCAAAGUCUUCACAGAGAGUUGGAUAACGCUGUUGGGCGGCAUCUCCUUCCCACAAUCCAAGAUAAGCGAAACAUGCCUUUAUUACAAGCAACGGUAUUGGAAGUUCUCCGCAUUGCCUCUGUACUGCCACUCGCUCUGCCUCAUGAGACAGCUGCAAAAACAACACUUAGUGGAUACACGAUACCAAAGGACACGCUCGUUGUCAUUAAUCUGUGGGCAGUGAAUCAUGACCCACGCGUGUUCCAGGAACCUCAUGUAUUCAAUCCUUACCGAUUCCUGAAUGAAAACGGAGAGGUCUGCGAUAUAAAAACCAAGUUUCAGCUGCCUUUUUCGAUUGGCAGUCGACGCUGUCUUGGAAGCUCAUUGGCUAAGGCAGAAAUGUUUCUCCUGUUGGCAUGUUUGCUACAGCGUUUCCAGUUUUCACGCGCAAAGCCUGACUAUGUAGACUUAGAAAGUCAGUUUGGACUCAGCCUACGUCCAAAAAAUUUCAGUGUUUGUGCCAAUCUUCGGUAAAGAAAAAGAAAACUUUUCUAGACUGUUCUAGAUCUGUUUAUUACUCACUCUCAGUUACACGAUUCAGUAACUCCGGAAACUCUAGAAACAAAAACGUCUGUGAAUUCGUCUUGUAGCUUAUCGCGCUCUUCUUCUUGAGCCUUUGGAAAGAAAUAUUUAGAUGUAUAAUAUCUAAAUGCUGAACCUUGUCGAACAUAUAGGAUGCAAACAUUUUGAUCUUUUUAAAAUACUAUAUUUAGCAAAGGUGGUUUUUACAAAAUUUUUAGUUGUUAUAGCAAUGUUUCAAAACAUGACUUUGGUAAGAGGGCCAAGGUGACUGUGCUCGAGUAACUUUGAAAAAGACACUUACAGUGGUCCAUAGCCAAUGGAAUUUUACAAAAAAGUGUUUAAGCAUGCAUAAAUAUAUAUAGUAAUUUAGAUGAUGGGUCGUUGUGCAAAACGUGAUUUUUCAGUGAUCGAUAGCCAUCUCAGGGGUUAUCAGGGUCCAAAGCAAAGACAGAAAUUUAAUAAACUCCCGAGAGUUUUUCGUUUGUGCAGUAGAAGAGAGAGCGAACUGUAGUGCUGCAAUUAAGUAUAUUACCUAUUGCUAAUUUUCCCGUUGUCUCGUUGCAAGAUGUCAAAGUGUCCAUGUCUGAAGGAAAAGAUCACGGAAACGUGGAAUUGUCAAUGUACCCUCGGUGGGAGGUGCUCUGAUCAAGCGCAAGUAACAAACAGUUGGAAUUGUUUGACGCCGAUUUCAAUUGCCAACGUGGUUAGGUCAAGGUGACGUGGCUUGGUUGACUAAAUUUCUAGCCACACAUAGCUGAAAUAUUUUACACCGUAUUUAUUGUCAGGCAAGUACCAAGAGUAACCAAAAUCUUUGUCGCUCUCGAUCCAAUGUGUCGAAAAUCGGCCUUCAUCGUUAGUCAGUGCUGAAGGGAGCAUAACUCAGCUAAGAAACGACUCUCAUAGUCAAAUGAAGCCCAGAGAGUUUUAAGACUAUAAUGAAAGGUUAAUGGACAUUGUCUGAAUGAAAGUUCUUUUCGUCUGAUUUACUCUUCGCUAAAUUUACCACAACUUUCUCGUAUUUGAAUCAAUCUCAACAAGACCAAACUUGCUUAUUCACUUGCAUGAUAAAAUAUUUCGCAGUACCGUUCCAUUAACGAAAUGAUUGUUUAGAAUAAUUAUCAAGGCACCAAUCUCUGAAACAAACCUCUGACCUGACUUUGCUUGUACUUCGUAUGUGUAUAGUGUAGAAUUGUAACAUUGUAGUAACUUUAGAAUAAA